GCAAAAUAUAUAAUUAUAGUAACUGACAGAGUCAACGUUAAAAACGUCAAUAACCGUGUAAAUAAUGUAACGAAUUGAAUAAAACUGGACUUAAAUUUUACAGUGUUCAAUAUCUGUAGUAGUUGAUUCAAAGACAGUAGACAAAUUAAUAAUGUUGAGAAAAAGUGUUUUACGUUUAAUUGUCGUCUGCUAUAUAACAGGAUCUGUUUUAUCUCAAGAAUGUACGUCGGGCAAGGCUGAUGUUGUGUUUGUAGUAGAUGACUCCUCAUCUGUUCAAAGAUCUAAUUAUAACCUUGUGAUUGACUUUGUUGCCGCCGUCGUCGGGACUUUGACCGUUGGGCCCGACGACGUUCAAGUGAGUUAUCUCAGUUUCUCGGGUACUGUAAAGAACCAAUUUUGGUUAGACGAUUACUCGACUACGGCGGCUGCAGUUAAGAAAAUAGAAUCCGUCAGAUUUCGUGGUGGAAGCACAGAUAUUAAAAGAGCUCUCGAGUAUGCAUUCACCAACAACUUCGCAGCGUCAAACGGGGCUCGAGACGGCGUCGAGAAGGUUCUUGUUCUCAUUGCAGACGGGGAGUCAUCAAAUGUUGUCACUGCAGCACAGGAGAUUCGAGACGCUGGUAUCAAGAUAAUAUGUGUUGGUAUUACUGAUGGGGUAACUCGCGAAUUUCUCGAGACUAUAGCAGGGGACGCUGACAAUGUUCACAUGCUGACAGAUUUCAGUGACCUCGCUGGGGUGACAGACGAUCUGACAACAGUUGUUUGUGAAGCAACUAAUGAACCAGUGAGUGGUCCAUGUGACAACCUACCUUGUUUACACGGCGGUAGCUGUACUGUCAACGGCACGAACUUCACGUGCACGUGUACAUCAUCAUAUACUGGAAACACGUGCAGCGUAGAUAUAGACGAAUGUGACCUUGACACAGAUUCCUGUGAACAGAAUUGCACAAACAUAGAUGGUGGAUACACUUGUACAUGCAAAUCGGGAUACAGUCUGAAUUCCAACAACUACACAUGUGACGAUAUUGAUGAGUGUACCGGGAUAUCUCACUACUGCUCGCAAAACUGCUCGAACUCGGUCGGAAGUUUCCAGUGUACAUGUGCCGCAGGUUUUAGCCUGAAUGAAGACGGCAAAACGUGCGACGAAGUACCGGAUAUUGACGAAUGUGAACUAGGAAUUGCCAAUUGCAGUGACCUUUGUAACAACACCAAUGGGGACUAUUUCUGCUCCUGUCUUAACGGCUACGUUAUUGGAAGUGACGGACUUACAUGUGAAGAUGAGAACGAAUGUCUGGUAAAUCAAGGUGGUUGCUCUCAGGAAUGCAACAAUACAGAGGGUAGUUUUAAUUGUUACUGUCGUAACGGUUACAACAUGCAAGCCAACGGUGUAAAUUGUACAGAUAUUGAUGAAUGUUUGUUGGGUAUUGACGGGUGUUCAGACAACUGUACUAACAUUGGAGGAGGCUAUGAAUGUUCCUGUACCGAGGGUUAUACGCUAGAUAUUGACCAAACUACAUGCAUUGAUGCAGACGAAUGCUCUUUGAACACAGACGAUUGUCACCAAGUGUGCAACAACUCUAUAGGUAGCUUCACAUGUGACUGUUUCCAUGGAUACAGAUUAAAUGCCGACUUAAAAUCUUGCGAUGAUAUCAACGAGUGCACGGAAAACAUUAAUGAUUGUGAACAGAUCUGUAUAAAUAACAUAGGAAGCUACAGUUGUCAAUGUAACGCAGGAUAUCAGAGAAACAAUAACAACAAAACGUGUGAUGAUAUUGAUGAAUGCAUUGACCAGACACAUGGCUGUACUCAACUCUGUAACAAUAGUGUUGGUAAUUUCACGUGUAACUGUAACGGAGGUUACAACCUUGAUACAGACGGGAAAACAUGUAACGACGUCAACGAGUGUUUAGAGAAAACUGAUACUUGUGAACAAAACUGUGGUAAUACUGUAGGAAGCUACUUUUGUCAGUGUAACACGGGGUAUCGUCUAAAUGAUGACAACACAUGUGACGAUAUUGAUGAAUGCCUUGACCAGACACAUGACUGUACUCAACUCUGUAACAAUAGUGUUGGUAAUUUUACAUGCUACUGUAACGGAGGUUACAUUCUUGAUACAGACGGAAAAACAUGCAACGAUGUGAAUGAGUGUACUACGGGUAAUGGCGGUUGUGGACAAAUCUGUACAAAUAGCGUCGGGUCGUUUUCCUGCUCUUGUAACCUAGGAUACGAGCUCGAUACCGAUUUACGUUCAUGUCUUGAUGUAAAUGAAUGUGUUCAGGACAACAAUGACUGUGAACAAAAUUGUACAAAUCUUGUUGGAAGCUAUCUUUGUGGCUGUUUCAAUGGAUACGAACUAAACAGGGAUAAUAAAACAUGUGCAGAUGUCGAUGAAUGCGUUCUUGAUACUGACGGGUGUCAUCAAAUAUGCACGAACAACAUCGGCAGCUAUAAUUGUAGCUGUAACACAGGCUAUAGACUAAAUAUAGAUGGAUUAACUUGUAACGAUAUUGACGAAUGCACAAAGCAACAAGACAAUUGUUCGCAGAUCUGCGCCAAUUCUGUUGGCAGUUUUACAUGCUCUUGUAACAUUGGCUUCGCACUGGACAAUGAUAUGAGGUCCUGUAAUGAUAUUGAUGAAUGCACGGAGAAUCUGGAUAAUUGUGAACAGAUAUGUGAAAACACUGCUGGAAGCUACUUCUGUUCUUGCCAUCCGGGAUAUAGUCUCACCAUGUCUAAUAACGAAACAUGUGAAGACAUUGAUGAGUGUAGUGAAAAUAUUCAUGACUGUGCUCAGAUUUGUACUAACACCGUUGGUUACUACGCAUGUUCGUGUGGAAUCGGAUUCACACUAGAUGCGGACAAUAGAACAUGUAACGAUGUGGAUGAAUGUAGCACCGGUAAUGGCGGAUGUAACCAGACAUGCGACAAUAAUGUCGGCUCGUUUCAAUGCCUCUGUGCAAGUGGAUAUUCCCUUAAUAAUGAUGGCAGAAACUGUAAUGACAUUGACGAGUGUGACCUUGGCAUUGAUGGCUGUGAACAAGUAUGUAAUAACGAGAUUGGAACAUUCUCUUGUGCAUGCAACACCGGGUUCUUCCUCUCGAGCUUGAAAAACUGUACAAAUGUCAAUGAUUGUAUCGGUGUGACAUGUAGCGGUCACGGUGAAUGUAUCGAUGGCAUUAAUAAUCAUAGUUGUAGCUGUUUCCUUGGUUACAUGGGUCCUAGAUGCGAAAUAGACAUUUAUGAAUGCAGUUCGAGGCCAUGUCUAAACGGUGGCGAGUGUAUUGACUUUGUAGGGAAAUUUGAAUGUUCCUGUAAAUCGGGCUAUACAGGUGUUCUUUGUGAAACAGAUAUUGACGAAUGCGAAAGUGGUCCAUGUUUCAACAAUGGUACAUGUACAGACUUCGUUAAUUAUUACACAUGUGAUUGUACAAACACAGGAUUUGAGGGCGAAUAUUGUGAAAUAGAGGAGACGGACUCUAGUCAGUACGAGGCUGUGGUUAUGGGUGUUUCUAUUGGCGUUGGUGCCGUUGUUCUGUUGCUAGUAGGUUCUUUGUGCGUGGCCAUAAUAAGACGGCGGAAAUCUAGUGACAAGGAGUUGGACCUGACAAAUUCUGCGGAAAAGGAUGCCAGCGCUGUUGUUGCUGGGGAUGAUGCUGUGGACAGUGGUCAAAUAUAUAUAAUGUUUUUACUAAAUGAACUGCCUUUUUGUGAUUAUCAGCGUCAAGAUUUUCUCAAAGACAACAUUUCAUCAUCAGAUUUUACAGAUUUCCGGGACCAUGAUGCAUCAUCUUCACUUGACGGCACUUCACUACCAACUACUACAACUAAUGUACCAUCAACUAAACUGGACUUAAAUUCUGCAGUGUUCAAUAUCUUUUGUAGGAAAAUUGAUUCAAAGACAGUAAACAAAAUAAUAAUGUUGAGAAAAAGUGUUUUACGUUUAAUUGUCGUCUGCUAUAUAUCAGGAUCUGUUUUAUCUCAAGAAUGUACGUCGGGAAAGGCUGAUGUUGUGUUUGUAGUAGAUGACUCCUCAUCUGUUCAAAAAUCUAAUUAUAACCUUGUCAUUAACUUUGUUGCUGCCGUCGUCGGAACUUUGACCGUCGGGCCCGACGACGUUCAAGUGAGUUAUAUCAGUUUCUCGUCUAGUGUUAAGAACCAAUUUUGGCUAGACGAUUACUCGACUUCGGCGGAUGCAGUAAAGAAAAUAGAAUCCAUCAGAUUUCGUGGUGGAAGCACAAACAUUCAAAAAGCUCUCGAGUAUGCAUUCACACAAAACUUUGCAUCGUCGAACGGGGCUCGAGACGGCGUCGAGAAGGUUCUUGUUCUUAUCGCAGACGGGGAGUCAUCAAAUGUUGUAACUACAGCACAGGAGAUUCGAGAUGCUGGUAUCAAGAUAAUAUGUGUGGGUAUUACUGAUGGGAUAACUCGCGAAUUUCUCGAGACAAUAGCAGGGGACGCUGCCAAUGUUCACAUGGUGACAGAUUUCAGUGACCUCGCUGGAGUAACAGACGAACUGACAACAGUUGUUUGUGAAGCAACUAAUGAACCAGUGAGAGGUCCAUGUGACAACCUGCCAUGUUUAAACGGCGGCAGCUGUACUGUCAACGGCACGAACUUCACGUGCACGUGUACAUCGUCAUAUACAGGAAACACGUGCAGCGUAGAUAUAGACGAGUGUGACCUUGACAUAGAUUCAUGUGAACAGAACUGUACAAACAUACAUGGUGGCUACAAAUGUACAUGCGAACCGGGAUAUACACUAAAUCCCGACAACCACACAUGUGACGAUAUUGAUGAAUGUAUCGGCGUAUCUCAUAACUGUUCGCAAAACUGCUCGAACUCGGUUGGGAGUUUCCAGUGUUCAUGUAUCGCUGGUUUUAGCCUGAAUGAAGACGGCAAAACAUGCGGCGAAGUACCGGAUAUUGACGAAUGUGAACUAGGACUUGCCAAUUGCAGUGACCUUUGUAACAACACCAAUGGGGGCUAUUUCUGCUCCUGUCUUACCGGCUACAUUAUUGGAAGUGACGGACUUACAUGUAAAGAUAUUGAUGAAUGUUUGUUGGGUAUUGACGGGUGUUCAGACAACUGUACUAACAUUUACGGUGGAUAUGAAUGUUCCUGUGCCGAGGGUUAUACGCUUAAUUUUGACAAAACAACAUGCAUUGAUGCAGACGAAUGUUCUUUGAAUACAGACGAUUGUCACCAAGUGUGCAACAACUCUAUAGGUAGCUUCACGUGUGACUGUUUCAAUGGAUACAGAUUAAAUUCCGACUUAAAGUCUUGCGAUGAUAUCAACGAGUGCACGGAAAACAUUGACGAUUGUGAACAGGUCUGUAUAAAUAACAUAGGAAGCUACAGUUGUCAAUGUAACGCAGGAUAUCAGCUAAACGAUAGCAACAAAACUUGUGAUGAUAUUGAUGAAUGCAUUGACCAGACGCAUGACUGCACUCAACUCUGUAACAAUAGUGUUGGUAAUUUCACAUGUAACUGUAACGGAGGAUACAUUCUUGAUACAGACGGGAAAACAUGCAACGACAUCAACGAGUGUUUAGAGAAAACUGAUAUGUGUGAACAAAACUGUGGGAAUACUGUUGGAAGCUACUUUUGUCAAUGUAACAUUGGGUAUCGUCUAAAUGAUGACAACACAACAUGUGACGGAAUUGAUGAAUGCAUUGACCAGACACAUGAUUGUACUCAACUCUGUAACAAUAGUGUUGGUAAUUUUACGUGUGACUGUAACGGAGGUUAUAUUCUUGAUUCCGACGGCAAAACAUGUAACGAUGUGAAUGAAUGUGAUACUGGUGAUGGCGGUUGCGGACAAAUCUGUUCAAAUAACGUCGGCUCGUUUUCCUGCUCUUGUAACCUAGGAUACGAGCUCGAUACGGAUUUCCGUUCCUGUCUAGAUAUUGAUGAAUGCCUGAAUGCGACGGACAACUGUGAUCAAAUAUGUUCAAACACUGACGGAAGUUUUACAUGCUCUUGUAACAGCGGAUAUUCUCUACAUGGGGACAACUUUACUUGUCAAGAUAUCAAUGAAUGCACUCUUGGAAAAGAUGGUUGUGGACAGAUUUGUACAAACAUAAUUGGAAGUUAUUCUUGCGUUUGUUUACCAGGCUAUAGUUUGAACACAGAUGGGCAGACUUGUGAUGAUGUAAAUGAAUGUGUUCACGACAACAAUGACUGUGAACAAAAUUGUACAAAUCUUGUUGGAAGCUAUCUUUGUGGCUGUUUCAAUGGAUAUGAACUAAAUAGUGAUAAUAAAACAUGUGCAGAUAUCAAUGAAUGCACUCUUGGAAUAGAUGGUUGUGGACAGAUUUGUACAAACAUAAUUGGAAGUUAUACUUGCGCUUGUUUACCAGGCUAUAGUUUGAACAUAGAUGGACUGUCUUGUGAUGAUGUAAAUGAAUGUGUUCAAGACAACAAUGACUGUGAUCAAAACUGUACUAAUCUUGUUGGAAGCUAUCUUUGUGACUGUUUCAAUGGAUACGAACUAAAUAGUGAUAAUAAAACAUGUGCAGAUGUAGAUGAAUGCGUUCUAGAUACUGACGGGUGUGAUCAAAUAUGCACGAACAAUAUCGGCAGCUUCAACUGUAGCUGUAACACAGGCUAUAGUCUGAAUAUAGAUGUAUCAACAUGUAAUGAUAUUGACGAAUGCACAAAGCAACAAGACAAUUGUUCGCAGAUCUGCGCCAAUACUGUUGGCAGUUUUACAUGUUCUUGUAACAUUGGCUUCUCACUGGACAAUGAUAUGAGGUCCUGUAAUGAUAUUGAUGAAUGCAUUGACCAGACACAUGACUGCACUCAACUCUGUAAUAAUAGUGUCGGUAAUUUCACAUGUAACUGUAACGGAGGAUACAUUCUUGAUACAGACGGGAAAACAUGCAACGACAUCAACGAGUGUUUAGAGAAAACUGAUAUGUGUGAACAAAACUGUGGUAAUACUGUUGGAAGCUACUUUUGUCAAUGUAACAUUGGGUAUCGUCUAAAUGAUGACAACACAACAUGUGACGAUAUUGAUGAAUGCAUUGACCAGACACAUGACUGUACUCAACUCUGUAACAAUAGUGUCGGUAAUUUUACAUGUUACUGUAACGGAGGUUACAACCUUGAUACAGACGGGAAAACAUGCAAUGAUGUGAAUGAGUGUGAUACGGGAAAUGGCGGGUGUGGACAAGCCUGUUCAAAUAGCUUCGGGUCGUUUUCCUGCUCUUGUAACCUAGGAUACGAGCUUGAUACCGAUUUACGAUCAUGUUUCGAUAUUGACGAAUGCCUAAAUGAGACGGACAACUGUGAUCAAAUAUGUUCAAACACUGACGGAAGUUUUACAUGCUCUUGUAACAGCGGAUAUUCUCUGCAUGCGGUCAACUUUGCUUGUCAAGAUAUCAAUGAAUGCACUCUUGGAAAAGAUGGUUGUGGACAGAUUUGUACAAACAUAAUUGGAAGUUAUACUUGCUCUUGUUUACCAGGGUAUAGUUUGAACAUAGAUGGCCUGUCUUGUGAUGAUGUAAAUGAAUGUGUUCAAGACAACAAUGACUGUGAUCAAAACUGUACUAAUCUUGUUGGAAGCUAUCUUUGUGGCUGUUUCAAUGGAUACGAACUAAAUAGUGAUAAUAAAACAUGUGCAGAUGUAGAUGAAUGCGUUCUAGAUACUGACGGGUGUGAUCAAAUAUGCACGAACAAUAUCGGCAGCUUCAACUGUAGCUGUAACACAGGCUAUAGUCUGAAUAUAGAUGUAUCAACAUGUAAUGAUAUUGACGAAUGCACAAAGCAACAAGACAAUUGUUCGCAGAUCUGCGCCAAUACUGUUGGCAGUUUUACAUGUUCUUGUAACAUUGGCUUCUCACUGGACAAUGAUAUGAGGUCCUGUAAUGAUAUUGAUGAAUGCAAGGAGAAUCUGGAUAGUUGUGAACAGAUAUGUGUAAACACUGCUGGAAGCUACUUCUGUUCUUGCCAUCCGGGAUAUAAUCUCAACAUAUCUAAUAACGAAACAUGUAAAGACAUUGAUGAGUGUAGUGAAAAUAUUCAUGACUGUGCUCAGAUUUGUACUAACACCGUUGGUUACUAUGAAUGUUCGUGUGGUAACGGAUUCUUACUUGAUGCGGACAAUAAAACCUGUAACGAUGUGAAUGAAUGUAACACCGGUAAUGGCAAAUGCAACCAGACAUGUGUCAAUAAUGUCGGCUCGUUUCAAUGCCUAUGUGCAAGUGGAUAUACCCUAAAUAAUGAUGGCAGAAACUGUAAUGAUAAUGACGAGUGUACUGAAAGCACUGAUGACUGUACCCAGCUGUGUACAAACUUUAUUGGUGGGUUCUCGUGUGCCUGUGAUAGCGGAUACACCUUAAAUAAUGACAAUAAAACUUGUGAUGAUAUUGACGAGUGUGACCUUGACAUUGAUGGCUGUGAGCAAGUAUGUAAUAACAAGAUUGGAACAUUCUCUUGUGCCUGUAACACCGGAUUCUUCCUCUCAAGCUUUAAAAACUGUACAAAGGAGACCGACUCUGGUCAGGACAAGACUUUGGUUAUGGGUGUUUCUAUUGGCGUUUGUGUAGUCGUCCUUCUGGUGCUAUUGGGUUUGUUUUUGUACGUGUUCAUGAAAAGACGGCGGAAAUCUAGUGGUAUACUUUCAUUGUCUAACAACAAUAAAGACCAGGAGUUGGACCAGACAACUUCUGCGGAAAAGGGUGCCAGUGGUGUUGUUGCUGGGGUUAAUGUUGUUGACAGUGGUCAAAUACAUGGUGAAACCUGGACGAGUCUUUAAAUGAAAAGAUACAGUUAUAGAGAUUUAAGAUGAUGAUUUCGGCAUUGUGACAUAUGCCUUGACAGAACUUCAUGUUAUAGGAAGUAUAAAUUAUAUGCACCAAUAGGGUUUUCCUGAAUAUCCUUGUUUAAAUUUAUUUAAAGCCCAUCUCGUUAGAAGAAGAAUCUUGAAUGUUGUAAGAGUUAGUAUCUUAAUAUAAAUAUAUUUUAAUUACGACGAAAAAAGGGCAAAAAAUACGUCUCCAGUUAUUCGUUAUACUUGGUAUUCCUUGCUGUUGGUCGUCAGCAAUACCAAAACAAAUGCGGCCUAAAAACUCCGUUAAGAGGAAUAUGUGACAUAUAAUUGUUGUCAACAGUUUAAAAGUGUACGUUUAAAGUUUCAGAUAUGUUUUGAAGUAAUUUAUACGAGUACAACAAUCAUUUAUUCGAAAUGAAUAAUCUGACUGAAAACAUACAAAGUGUUCAAUUCUUAAUAAUUCUGAUUUUUUUUGUAAGGUUCUUUAAGUUUAGUUCACGCAAAUGGUCAGUAAAUGUGGUUCCGAAGCAUCAAUACGAAGAUGUUUAAAAUGAAUUUAUUGUAUUGACAAGUGCAAAGACAGACAAUGAAAAAAUGUUGAAAGAGAUGACGUCGCGCCAUAUAGCGACUGAAAAAUGAACUUUUGCAAUGCAUUAUUCAUUUGCUUCAAAUACAGACUCAAAUUCGAUUUCCGUUUUCUGUAUACUGUGUUUAUUGUGUAUAUAAUAUUUUUCAAAUAUGUUGCCAUAGUUUUCACGUGAUCUCCAUUCUCAUAUGACAUUACUUUUACUUUCAUUUACAGUUAAAUAUUGUCACACGUAUGUAGAUAUGCUCCCGAUGUUAAAACAAUCAAGUCAGUUCUCUUUUUUUAUCAGUUACUAGUAUUGCAUUUUUGACGAGUAGUUUUACUGCAAAUUGUUAGAAAACAGUACACCAUUAGUGUGAACCGAUGAUAGAAGUAGUAGAAGUAGCCAGCACUUCACAAACACGUUAGCUACAUAUGAAAUGAUUUUGUCUUUGUUAUAAACCAGUAUUAUUGAUUGAUUUUGACACCCAACACUUAAUUUGAUGUAAUUAGAUGAUAUUUCAGAUUAAGCUUGGAUAUUCUAAUAUAAUGCAUAUCUAAGAUGCUCAAAUGCAAUGCAAUGAUAUAUAAAGUGCAUCAGUGUUACUUAUUUAUUAGCCUUUUUACACAUUUUGUUUGUUGUUAUGUUUAUACUCUGUAAAUAUGUGUCACACAAUUUGCUAAUCUUUGUUUUCAAAUAUAGAUUUACCACAGAAUGCAUAUGAGUUAAC